AUGGCAGCGGACUUCUCGUCGCUGACAGGUAAAUUCCGCGCCAACCUCGACAGUCAAACCAACGGCGGCAACAACAAAGUCAGCAAACGAAACAGGCAACCACUAUCAUGCGCGCCGUGCAGAUUGAAGAAAUUGAGAUGCGACCGUGGACACCCCUGCGAGACCUGCAUCAAAAAGGGCGACACGGCCAGUUGUACCUACGGCAAGUCUCCUCUGAUGACUUCUAGGUCGGAAGCCCUCAACAACGAUGCCGCCUCUACCAGCAAUCGAGGCAAGGCCCAAGAGCGUCUCCGUCAUCUCGAAGAACUCGUCAUGCGAAUGGUCGACUCUGACACGACCGGCAAUGGAAUCGAUGCGCCACAGUCAGCCGAUGACAAGGACGACAUGACGGCGGUGCCUGGAAACACAAACACAGAUGCAAACGCGAGCAUCGCCAGAGAAGGCCAAAUGCAACACGGCAGCAUCGAGUCACGCUACGCCGGCUCGACGCAUUGGUCCGCAAUCCUGCAAAACAUCCAGGAACUCAAGUCUGCACUCAUCAGCCCCGGAUCUGCCGGUGAACCCUCCACCAACCUCGACCCUUCGCUCGACGACACCCUGGAAGCCGACGCCUCGGAGCGCGAAACGUUCUUCGGCUCCUCGUCAAGUCUCUCGCUGUCUCAGAUCCUCGCCUCGUCCCUCCCGCCGCGCGAGCAAGUCGACCGCCGGCUCUCGACGUACUUUAACGCGCGAUAUAUGGUGAUCCCCUUCAUCCACACGUGGCAGUUCCAGCGGCAGUACGAAAUCUUCUGGAACCAACCCCUCGAGACCCCACCGCUUUGGAUCUCGAUCCUCUUCAGCAUCUGCUGCCUGUCCGCCACCCUCUCCGAUGCUUCUGGGUCUGAAACCAGCACGCCCGAAGACCAGCCCUCCCCACGUACAACCUUCCUCAGCGCGAGCUGCCAGUGUCUCCGACUCGGCGGCUUCAUCCGGCCGAAGCGCUUCGUUGUCGAAGCCCUCGCCCUCUACACGCAGUGCGUGUACUUCCAAACUCUCGAUCCCAGCGGCGAAUCGGCCCUGGUAUGGGCUAUGCUUAUCCGCCAGGCGUACCGGAGCGGAUACCACCGCGACAGCAGCCACUUCCCCUCUACAUUCAGCGUCUUUGAAGCCGAAAUGCGCCGGAGAGUCUGGGCCAUGCUGCGCCAAUUCGAUCUCAUGUCCUCCUUCCAGCUAGGCUUGCCGAACCAGAUCCCUCCAGGCAGCUGGGACACGCAGGACCCUCGCAAUCUGCUCGACGCAGACUUUGACGAGCACACGACCGUCCUACCUCCCUCGAGACCCGAGACCGAGCCCACCCAGAUCCUGUAUUUCAUCGUCAAGUCACGCCUCAUGACGAUUUUCGGCAGGGUCUGCGCGCAUUCCCUGUCGUUUCGCGACGUCAGCCAGGCCGAGGUCAUGGCUCUGGAUCGCGAGGUGCGCUCCGUCCACGCCACUGUCCCCGAUAUCCUUCGCAUCCGGCCGAUGACCAAGUCUUUCGCCGAUCCGAGCUAUCUAGUCAUGGUCCGAGUGAACUGCGAGUUUUUGUUCCAGAAGAGCUUGUGCGUGCUGCAUAGGAAGUACAUGACCGCGACCAACGCGAAAGGCGAAUAUACUCACCCGGAGAGCGUGGCGGCGUGCAUGAAUGCCGCGAGCGCGAUCACGCGGCACAUGCUCGAUCUGCACAAGGAGUUCAAGCCCGGUGGGCAGUUGUUUGCGAAUCGCUGGAUGUUGACCAGUUUCACCAUGAACGAUUUCUACCUGGCGAGUAUGGUCUUGUGCCUCGCCGUGAGUAUGUGGAAGAGAAGGCACCCCGGCGAAAGCGUGGAAGGCCAGGCGGAUGAGAAAACGAGAGAAAUCCAUGCCUUGCUCACGGCGGCGUUUGGGCUUUGCGAGGAACUUGCUCCGACUAGUACCGAGGCAAAGCGCGUCGCGGAUGUGCUCAGGGUCGUGCUGGGACAGAUGGAUACAAAAGUGCCGUCGUCCAGUACGGUGGGAAGGACGACCACCGCCAGACAGGAGUCAGGAGCAGCAACUGGUGGAGGGGCAGGAGUGUUCGGUAUGUUCCCUGUCAACGAACAGCGUGGACCGCCACAUGGUCUAUCCCACCAGCCCGGCGAUGCGCCAGCUGUUUUCACGGAGGACCAAAACUUCAAUCUCGCUCCGUUGACGCUCAAUGACAAUGGCCGAGAUCCAGGGCCUUCGAACCUGUCGAUGCAGGCGCAGGCGCAAGACCCGAAUUACCACCUCGACGACUGGAACCCAGGACUCAACCCGUUCACUUCGUUCUUGCCAUUCGCGCCGGCCUUCCAAAACGUGAACCCGAAUCACUUGCAACCGCCGUACAGUACAACGGGCGGCGCGUCGUCGUCCGACUACCCCAGCGUCGGCAUCGACACCGCCAUCGACACCGACGGAACAGGAACAGGAACAGGAACCGCAACAGGCGGAUCUUCGAACCUAUCCGGUUCAGCGGUGGGACCGCAAGAUAUCGACAUGACCGGCAUCACUGGUAUGAACGCGAUGAAUAUGAAUAUGGACAUCGACUGGGCAUUUCUGGACCAGUGGAUGGCCCUGCCGAAUCCUACCAACGGGAUACCCCUGGCAGAGAAUCAGAUGCUGUUCGACAUGUCGAGUGUGCCGAGUGCGCCUUCUAAAGAUUCCUCCCAAAUACAACAACAGCCAGGGGGGGCCAGAGGGGGACUGAACGACAAUGGCGAAGCAUCCCAAAUACUGCCAGGGGGGUUAAGAUUACAAAACGACAAUGGUGUAAAUGGCUUGCUGAGUUCGAGCGCGAGCCAGCACCAGAGUACCUCCAUGGGCCACGGGCUAGAUCAGAUGCCAGGCUAUUGA